GAUUACAUGUGUACAGGAAAAUAAGCAAGUUAUCUAAGUAAUAGAGUGCAAGAUAUCAAAUCAAGUGGAAGGGCCAUGCCUCAGUUUCGUUUACUUUGUCAUUUGUGUUAAAUGAUCCGCCUAUUUUAUCCUUCAUCAUCCACUAUACGAAUUAGAGUGUUUGUGCGAAAUAUGAGCCACAGCAAGAAAUGGGAGCCGCUAAAAGGAGUUGGCAUCAUCGGUGUGCCUUUUGAGAAGGGCCAAAAGAAAUACGGUGUGAGCGUCGCGCCGGCCGCUAUGCGCUCGGCUGGUCUUAUUGACCACCUCAAAGAAAUAGAUGGACUAGAUGUUGUGGACUAUGGUGACAUCGAGACCGUAUCUCCAAAACAGUCUGUUACUGUGAACAACAUGUCACACUUGCCGACGGUAUCAGCCUGCAAUCAACAGCUCUCUGAACGUGUCUCACAAGUUCUCCGUGAUGAUCGAAUAGCAGUUACUAUUGGUGGAGAUCAUUCCAUAGGAGUUGGCACCGUAGACGGUCACUACAAAGUACACGAAGACAUGAUCUUAAUCUGGGUGGAUGCACAUGCCGACAUUAACACAAAUAAAACUUCGGAAUCGGGAUCAGUGCACGGGAUGCCGGUGGCUCUCCUUGUAAAAGAGCUAUCAGAUUAUUGGCCUUACCUACCUACGAUGGAUUGGCAAGUUCCCAAAUUUUCAAUAAAGAACCUGGGAUAUGUCGGGCUUCGGUCUGUGGACAAAUACGAGAGGUUGGUUAUUGAGAAAUAUAAUGUGCCAACAUUCGCUAUGGAGGAUAUUGAAGAGCUCGGUGUAAAAAAAUCCAUUUACCACAUACUACAAACCUUGGACCCUAAUAUGAAUAAACCGAUACAUGUGAGCUUCGACAUAGAUUCGCUGGAUGCUUUAGAAGCGCCUAGCACCGGUACUCCAGUUCGAGGUGGUUUAACUCUCCGAGAAGCGAUCAAUCUGAUGGAAAUUAUCCACUCGACCGGCCGACUGCGAGCUAUAGACCUCGUAGAGAUAAAUCCAGCUCUUGGCAACGAUGCAGAUAGGAAACGCACUAUUGAAGCAGGUCUCGCUGUCUUGAGAGCUGGUUUAGGUUUCUCAAGAAAAGGAACGGCACCUCGUGGCAUAUUGGACUUACCUAUACAAACUUACCAUGAUCGAGAAUACUUAGCAAAAUUGAAUUAAUAAAUUACCUAUAAAAGUUUUAACUUAUCUAUUAGGUAUAAGAUAAUGUACUAGGAGUAUUUAUAAACAUGCUUCAAAAAGGUUCUAAAAUUCUCAAUGCUCUAAAAUUGACUGUUGUUUUCGAGUAUAACAUGCAACAUUUCACCUUGUACCUAUACUAGCGAUUUUGGUAAUGUUUUAGUACUUCUGGUUUUGAAAAUGACGUUGAUGAUGAAUGAUAAAUAAAUCUUUUUUCUGAAAUAUUCUAGCUAGGUCUUAACUCACUUACAGUGACGUCAACAAAUAUUGUUAAUGUAUGUAAAGGACCUAUUAAGUUGUUUACUGAUGCGUAGGUAAAUGUCGUUACGCAUAAUUGAACAACUUAAUAGCUAUAAUUAGCAAAAACAAUGUACCCAACACUAUAUGUACAUAUAUCUUAAUUGCUUUUUAUGAUAAUAUUAAGCACGUUAGAUUUAAUGAUAUUAUGAAUAUUGAUGAAAACACCUUGUCCAUGUAGACAUUAUUAUUUUCUAUUUAAUGAAAUUUUAGAAUAAAAUACUUGUAUAUUUCCUUUCAUUAGUGACUGUAACUUAAGCACAUAAAUGUAUUAAACAUAAACUCGUAUUGUUCCGAUGCAUUUUCUUUGAUGUUUUCAAUAUGUCGUAUGGAAAUAGAUGUAUGUAUAUAGUAAACACUGUUCUGAAACUUCCUUUGCAAAUAAAUUAAUAUAUUAGUAAGUUCUAAAAUGGCAUAAUAGAAAGGAAGACAAUAAAUUUCAAACAAAAUUCUACUUUCUCUUAUGAUAAUUAAAGUUAAGAUAUCAAAAUACAAAAAUAAACCUUACAACUAAAAAAUACUUCAAAUAAUCACGUUAUCAGUUUUAUGAGAAACAUUCAUACACUUUUUAUUACAACAGUGUUCCCAAAUGUUUAUUUUUAAAAUAUGUUAUUUAUUGUCAUAAAGACAUAA